UAAAAUGGUAAAUAAACUUAGGUAUAAGUGUGAGUUAUCGGGUUGAAGUUCUUGCGAACAUAUUUGAUUUAAUAUAUUGGAAAGAGAUAUAGCAUGAUUAUGUCAUACUCAGAAAAAGCAAAGCAAUACAAAAACAACCAACAAACACCGAUUCAUGGGGAGGUUGUUUGUGAUCAAUUUGGAGGGUAAGAUCUAUACCUGCAAAUACUGUCGUACCCAUCUUGCUCUUUACGAAGACAUCGUUUCAAAGACUUUCCACUGCAGACAUGGGAAAGCUUAUCUCUUCAAUAAGGUCAUGAAUGUUUCUCUUGGCGAAACAGAGGAGAGACUGAUGAUGACUGGUUUACAUACUGUGGCUGACAUUUUCUGUGUCGGCUGUGGAUCGAUCGUGGGUUGGAAAUAUGAGACAGCACAUGAAAAAGGCCAGAAGUACAAGGAAGGAAAAUCCGUGCUUGAACGGUACAAGGUGUCGGGUCCUGACGGUAGCAAUUAUUGGAUCAACAAUGAAGCACACGUUAGCGGAAGCGAUGCAGAUGAUGUAUAGUCACUCAUCCUGCCAUUUAUAAUUCAACAAUAGUUGGAUGAAGAAAGCCUUUGAAGUGCCAUGUCCUGUAUUUAUGUCAAGUAAAUGUAAUUGCAAUCUAUUGAAAUAAAAGAUAGCUGAAAAAUAUGUAUUGUUGGUCGAUUUUAUGUUAGUUUCUUCUUGAAAAGGACUUGAAUCAGUUGUGAUGCCAAAUAAAUAUUGCUUUAAUGAAACACUGACACAACUGAAGUGAGAUGCAAAGAUUUGAAUUCAAGUGUUAAUGCAGAAAUUGGAAAAUCA